AUGGCCGACUCCUCGUCGACAUGGAGGAGCGGCUCUUCCAACGCGAAUCCCUCCAGCACCACCACCACAGCUAGCGCAUCGAGCAACUGGGGCAGAGGUUCCUCCGCCACUUCCUCGGCAGGCACUACGGCUCCCGCUUCUCAAGCUGCCGCCAAAAAGAAGCCCGGCACCAACCGUUCCAGAGGAGGAGGAGGAGGAGGAGGAGGAGGAGGAGGAGGAGGAGGAGGAGGAGGAGGAGGCGCUUCCAAGUCGGCGGCCAAAGACGCUCCAGCUGCUCCCGCCGCUCCUUCCACCUCGUCGUCGUCAACGUCUGGCUCCCACUUCAAAUCAGGCGCUCCCACCAAGACCACCAAAUUCCUCCCCACCCAACCGCUCCCGUACCAUUCGCUCCAAAACAUCAAAGACUACUACCACGGCCUCCUCGACAGCGGCCUCGUCAAGAAGGCAUGGCUCGACAACCCCAAAAACCCCAUGCAGAACUACGUCCUCCACCGCACAGGCACCUACCCCGUCUACAACGUCGAAGAGGGACAGGUGGAGGGCAGGCGAGACACCAACUUUCGCUGCACCCUCAACUUUGAUCCAGAGUACGAGUGGAGCGUCCACGGCGAUGCAAAGACCGCCAAAGAUGCAGAGCGCGUAGCCGCUCUCCAUGCCGUCCUCUUCCUUCAAAACGCAGGCGACAUCCUCAACAAGACUCCCACCGCAUCCGCUCCCGCACCGCUCGUCGCCCAGAACCAGGGUCCCACGGGCAAGCUCUCCGACGGCUCCGAGCUCACCGUGCAGCGCGCCCGCGAGUUCAUCGAUUUCUACUGCAAGCGCUUCAACCUCGGCAAGCCAGACAUCCGCCAGUCCGCCGGAAAGCAGGGCAAGCCCAAGCGAGGCGCCUCCAAGUCGUCCGCCGCUGCAGCCGCCAGUCAACCGCACGCCUCCAUGUACAUCGCCGGCAACGAGAUCGGCGCCGCCACCGGCAAGAACAAGAAGCAGGCCGUCGCCAACUGCUACCUCGAAUCCGUCGCCUACAUCGAGUCCACCGACGCCUCGCUCUGGAAGACCUUCAACCUCCUCCACAAGCCAGGCAUGUCCAUCAACAAGGCGCCCCACGUCACCUUUGCAAUGAGCGACGAGCUCGACGACUCGGUACAAAACAUCUACGACACCAUGAUCCGCAGCAAGAUCUACGCAAAGCGGCCCCGCACCGCCGCCGUCGUCCCCGGCGAAGACCCCAACGCCGCCUCCACCGACGCCAACGACGAGCUCGCAAAGAAGCGUCAGAUGCGUCAGCAGCGCGCGCGCCGCUUUAACCAGCAGUUUGGCGCCACCGAAGACUCGCUCCAGCGCAAGAGCGAGCAGCUCGAGCUCGCCCUCGGCAACUACUACUCGGACGACGCCAUGGCCAAGAUGCGCGACCAGCGCCAAAGCCUCCCCGUCUCCCAGAAGCAGUCCGACGUGCUCGUCAAGGUCGAGCUCAACCAGGUCACCAUCUGCAUGGCCGCCACCGGCUCCGGCAAGACCACCCAGAUCCCCCAGAUCCUCUUUGACGACUACAUCCUCCAGGGCAAAGGCGCAAAGUGCAACAUCAUCUGCACUCAGCCCAGACGUAUCGCCGCCAUCAGCGUCGCCGAGCGCGUCGCCAAGGAGCGCGGCGAAAAGCUCGGUCAGACCGUCGGCUACCAGGUCCGCUUCGAGGCAAAGCCGCCCCAACCCAACGGCUCCAUCACCUUCUGCACCACCGGCGUCUUCCUCCGUCGCCUCCAGUCCGCCCUCGGCGACGCAGAGUCCUCCAACACCUUCCUCGACUCCAUCACCCACGUCGUCAUCGACGAGGUACACGAACGCGACGUAGAGACCGAUCUGCUGCUCGUCGUCAUCAAGCGCCUGCUCGCAGAGCGGCGUCGUCUGGGCAAACGCGAGAUCAAGGUGGUGCUUAUGAGCGCAACCAUCGACCCUACGCUCUUCCAGAGCUACUUUGCCAACGACUCGGGCGUCCCCGCCCCCGUCGUCGAGAUCCCCGGUCGCAGCUUCCCCGUCCAGAAGCACUACCUCGAGGAGACCGUGCGCAACCUCGAGUCGCUCCGCCUCACUCCCCAGAUGGGCGGUUGGGUGUGGGGCGAAAAGAACGUCCGCGAAUACCUCGAGCGCGAGAUUCACCAGCGAGGCGGCUCUGUCUCGCGUAGCAACAAUAGCAACUACAACAGCGGCUCGAGAGCGUACGGCCACGCGGCGAUUCAGGCUCAGGCCGCCGCCGAUGAGCCCGUCGACCCCAUGGCAGACCAGGUGGACGACCUCGAGAUCCCUUACCCGCUCGUUGCGCUCAUCAUUGCCUACGUGCUCUCCAUCUCGGACGACGGCCAUGUGCUCGUCUUCUUGCCGGGCUGGGACGAGAUCAAGGCCGUCAAUCUGCUGCUCACCGACACCCAGUACCACCCGCUCCUGCGCACCGACUUUAACGACCGCGAUCAGUUUGAGAUCCACAUCCUCCACUCCACCAUCCCCGUGCAGGAGCAGCAGGCCGUCUUCGAGCCCGUGCGUCACACGGGCAUCCGCCGCAUCAUCCUCGCCACUAACAUCGCCGAGACCUCCAUCACGAUCCCCGACGUCGUCUACGUCGUCGACACGGGCCGCGUCAAGGAGAAGCGCUUCGACCCGGAGCGCCACCUCUCGAGCCUCGUCUCGGCCUGGGUCGGCACCUCCAACCUCAACCAGCGUGCGGGUCGUGCCGGUCGUCAUCGUGCGGGCGAGUACUUUGGCGUGCUCAGCAAGGCGCGCUACGACAAGCUCAAGGUGAACCAGACGGUCGAGAUGAAGCGCACCGACCUCAGCAACGUCGUCAUGCACAUCAAGGCGCUCGACAUCCCCGGCAUGGAGGUGGAGGACGUGCUGGCAUCGGCCAUCGAGCCGCCCGCGCCCGAGCGCGUGCUCGCCGCCAUGGAGAAGCUCAAGAUGGUCGGCGCGCUCGACAUGUACAAGAACCUCACCUCGCUCGGCCGCGUGCUGCUCCAGCUGCCCGUCGACGCGCCCAUGGGCAAGAUGUGCCUGUACGGCGCCUUCUUCCGCUGCCUCGACCCCGUGCUCUCGCUCGCCGCCAUCCUCACCAGCCGCGAUCCGUUCAUGGCGCCCAUCCAUCUGCGCGAGGAGGCCGAGAUGGUCAAGGACCGCUGGUGUCCGCCCGACUUUCGAUCGGAUGCGCUCUGCGUCCUGCGCGCCUUUACGCGCUGGUGGGAGAUGCAGUCGCGCGGCGACUAUGCGGCUGCGAACCGCUUCUGCCAGGACAACUUCCUGAGCAAGAUCACGCUGCUCCAGAUCCAGCAGGUCAAGGAGCAUCUCUUCCAGUCGAUGGAGAAGGCCGACAUCAUCUCGGUCAUCCAGGCGAGCCACGCCGGCGGCGGCGGCAACGGCAACGGCAACGGCAACGGCAACGGCAACGGCAACGGCAACGGCGUCUCGCACUAUUCGCGCUUCCGCCGGCCGCGCGAGACGGACGCCGAGUUCAACACGAAUUCGGACUCGACAUCGGUGCUGGCGGCGCUGGUGGCGGUGUCGUCGCCGCCCAACUUUGCGAUCCGGAGCGGCAAGGCGAGCUACCGCACGUCGCAGGACAAGUCGUGCCUCAUGCAUCCGUCGUCGAUCUGCCACACCAAGUUCACCAAGCACAAGCCGUGGGAUGCGGCCAACAUGGGCGAGAAGGAGAUCUUUGCGUUCAGCGAAAAGAUCCGCAACGCGAGCGGCAGCGCGGGCAACAAUGCGUCGACCAUGCUGCGCGGAUGCACGCGGCUCGAUCCGCUCACCUUCAUGCUGUUUGGCGCCACCGAGGUGCGCGUGCUGGGCGAGGGCGUCGAGUGCGACUUUUGGCUGCCCAUCACGGGCAACACGGACUCGCUCGACAACCUCGAGAAGCUGCGCUCCAUCAUGGACGUCAUCAUGCUGCGCGUGUUCGAGGGCAUCGGCAAACGCCGCAAGGACUCGUCUUCGCAGGCGCAGCGCGGCUCCAAGCGCGUGGAGGACGUGGACGAGUACGAGGGCGGCGACGACGAGGACGAGGACGAGGAGCUGGGCGACCGCACGGAUCUGUCGCUCUCGGCGCAGGAGAUCGGCGAGUUCGAGUACAUGAGCCAGGGCAUCGUGCACAUCCUCGACGGCUAUGCACAGGAGCGCGGCUGGGCUUCGAGCAGCCGUGGCUCGACGCGCCCGGCCAGCCCGGCCUCGUUUGGAAUGGGCGGUCUGAGCCUGCAGGACGUGGGUGGUCGACCGAGCGCGGUUCCGAGCCAGGUGUACGGGGCGGGCAGUCGCGGCGGCUCGUCGGCCAAUCUGGCGAGCGCACCCAUGAGCGCCCCCACGAGCAACGGAGGCAGUCGAUGGACGAGCCGCUCGCAGACGCCGGAUCUGCCGCACCCGCCUGCGCCGUCGAGCCAUGCGCCGAGCGUGGCGGCCAGCACGGCGACCACGGCCGCAAGCAAGAGCACGGCAGCAACGACGGCGGCGGACGAAGCUGCGGCAGAUGCGCACGAGCAAGGUGGCGGUGGCAGCGGCGACAAGGCCAAGGACAACUGGCGCGCGCGAAGCGGUGGACGUGGUGGGCGCGGUGGCGGCGGUCGAGGCGGAGGCGGACGUGGCGGCCGCAGUGGGCGUGGUGGUGGACGUGGCGGAGGCGCCCAGCCCAGUGCCGGCAACGCAGCCUAG